CUUUCAACCUUGUCUGAUCGUAAAUUUACCUCCGCAGAUUGGGGUGGCUCUUUAGUGUAAACUGAAAGAGAUGUUAUCUGUUAACCUUUUCAUCCUGCUCCUCAUUCACACCUGCAAAGGUCAGUCAAAGGACAUGGAUUCAUCUAAGUCAGUUACUGCAAUGGUUGGUGAGAACGUUAUUUUGCCAUGUCACCUGGAACCUCCAAAGGAUGCUUCUCAGAUGACAGUGGAGUGGGGCAGACCUGACCUGAAACCCAGAUUUGUGUUUGUGAAUCUUGAUGGCCAUGAAUAUUCAGCUGACCAAAAUGAAGCCUACAAAGGAAGAUCAUCAAUAAUUCCUGACAAUCUGAAAAAUGGAGAUAUAUCAUUAAGACUUUCUGCUGUGAGACACUCUGACAAUGGAAAAUACAGAUGCUACUUACCCAAAUUGAAGAAAGAAAAUUUUGUCAACCUUGUUGUUGGUUCUGCCUCCUCACCUGAUAUCAGUUUAGCAGGACUAGAUGAAAGCAACAAUGGAGUGAUGUUAGACUGCAGCUCUGCAGGCUGGUUUCCUGAACCUGAGGUUUUAUGGAUGCAUGAAGAAGAAAUCAUCAUAUCUGCUGGACCUACAGAGAAAAUCGAGGGUCCUGAUGGUCUUUACACUAUCAGCAGCAGAGUGACUGUGGAGAAGAGACACAAUAACAACAUUACCUGCAGAGUCCAACAGAGAGACAUCAACCAGACCAGAGAGACAAGCAUUUAUGUUCAAGAUGGUUUCUUUGUCCCUCGGUCAAACUGCAGCAUAUCUGUCACUUUUAGUGUGAUUCUGGGCCUCAUACUUCUAUUAGGAGUUGCUGCUUUCAUCUGGAAAAGGCGACAAACUGAAACCUCAAUGAAAAAGCGAAAUGAUGAAGUGAAUGAAAAGAAACAGCAGCUCAGGAGAGAAGAAGAAGAGUAUGUGGCUAAGAAAAAGUCAGACCUUGAAGUGCAGUUAAGAAAGAGAAACCAGGAUCAGAGAAUCAUUGAUCAGCAAAUUGAAGCAUUAAUGAAGAUGUCAGAGGAACUGAAGGAGCAGAAAAAACAACUGACUGAUCAGAGACAGGAGGCAGUGAAAAUAGUUGAGGAGAAUGACAGAAAGCUUAAGGCUAUCGAUGAUGAAGUAACAAACCAGAGUGAGAACAAGAUGGAAAAGAAAGCACAAGGUUACUUAAAACUGAAAGAGAUCAUAACAGAGAGCAAUGAGAGACUGAAUGAGAGAAAGAAAGAUCAUCAACAUGUGGAACUAAUAACACAAAAACUGAUGGAGAAAACAAGCCAGGAGGUUAAAAAACUGAAGGAGAUAAAACAGGAAAUAGAGAACCAUGUAGUGGAAAUAGAAAAACAACUUAAAGAAAUGGUGACUUGUGAUUUCACUGCUGAGACAGAAAUGAAUUAUCUUGGAUGUUUUUUCACAUCAUGUGAGUAAAUAAACUUGGUAGCUAGUUUUUAGUAAAUCUGCUUAUUUUUAUAUAUGUGGAUUUUUUUGAUAAAGAAGUAUAAAAUUUAGAAAUUUUCUGAGGUCGAGCCAUUUAAAUUAUUUACAUGAUGGUCCAGAAACUUCCGAUACAGAUAUAGGAACAACGCCUGUAAAUCAAUGGCUAAAGAUUGUGAUGCAUUUUUUUAUCGGUGCCCUAAACUUCUCUGUCUCUAGUUAAAGACCACAGAGUAAAACCUGACCUAAUGUACUUCUAUCAGGGGACCUGUUGUUUUGGAGUGACUUCUAAUAUAUCCUCCAAUACACUGAGAUCUAGCUACUUUAAUAUUCUGACUGGAAAACAAAUCAAAAUUAUAUCAAUCAAUUUGUAAGGUAGGGAAUUAUGGUGAUAGCAACCAUUCUAUUUGUAGGAUUAUUUUUUCCUUUGCAAAUUUAAUGCACAUUUUAGUUUUGACUUACUGUGUUAGAAAUGUAGGGGAAAAAAAAUAUUAGUACAAAAUUUACUUAUGUGGUUUAAUUUACUUUAUAACAAAAAGAUCAAUUAAAAUAGUAUAGGCUAUAUAUAAACUCUUCCUUACACAUUGUGGGAAGUCUCUAUUUUUCCUCCAAGUUGGGUCCUCCUGCCUGGGAGCCCAAGGGUUAUGCGCAAUUUCUUUGCUCCCCCUAGAACUACACUUUUCUGUAUUGAGAUACAGUAUGUAAGAUGUAUUUCCGGGGAUCUGUUGUAACAGCUCCUAAAAUUUAGGGGUCACUGCCCCAAUUGCCCUAACAACCAACGGCACCACUGAUGCCUUGACCUUCCAAGUCUUCUCAAGCUCUUCUCUGAGACCCUGGUAUUUGUCUAGUUUCUCAUGUUCCUUUUUCCUGAUGAUUCAGUCACUUGAUAUUGCUAUGUCAGCCACAACGGCUUUUCUUUGCUGUUUUUUCAAAUUUUUUAUUAUAUUUGGCCCACUGUUGUUGAAAUGCCUUAUCAUAUUUUACAUCUGUAGUUCGUGUAGGUUUACUUUAUUCAGGUGCCACAGUUGAUCUCAGUCAAUCAUGGGUUUGUGCUGUUAGUGGGUUUUUUUUGUGCCUCUGAUGGGAAACAGUAAUUAUUCAGAAACAUGUUAUUUUAGGUUUUCCUCACAGCAUUUCCUUGUUGUUCUUCACAUUGUCUUACAUAUCCUCUUUUCUUGUGGUUUAGUUUUUAAUAUAAAUAAGACAAAAAUUAAUCUUAGAGGUGAAAGUGAUAAAAAAGUUGCUUCUGCUGGAGCAGCUUCUGUACAUUUCUGUUCUUUAAUUACACCUGACUUGCACUGUUGUCAAAAUAAAAAUUU